UAGUUACCCCAACAUCAUCUAACUUCAAUUUUGCAUCUCACAAAAUUCCAAAUCUCUCCCUCACAUACACGUCAUUCUUGGUGUGGCAGAUGAGUACUUUCACACACAUAAGCAGUAACACCAGAGUCAAUUUCAGAUAGAACCUCACAUGCCUUAGAUCUGUGUCACAUUGCAUCCACAUUCCAGCGUGUAAAUGCUUUAACUCUUCCAUAGUCCCACAAAGAAACUCUUCACUGCUAAGAUCUCUGCUCCUCCAAUUAUUGUAAACUUUUUGCCACCUCAAGUAAAUUCCAUUCCAGACCACAAAGUUCUCUUCAACAUGCUUCUCCUUGUCCUAUACCCACAUGGGGAUAUAUCAUUUUCCAUGGAAUAUCAACCCAGAUUUCCAUCAAAGAUGAACUCUUUUCAAUCCAUCUCAUGAAACCCAGAUCCUAAUUUCCAUUUAUUUGUACCCCAUUAUCUCAUUUACCUCUUAUUUGCUAGUCUGAUACAAAAAGAUCAGUUUUUUCAGAGAAAGAAAAUCACCCUCCAUGCUGAUAUUAGUUAUCACACUAGCUUCAGCUGCUUUGUUAGUACUUGUUGGACUCUAUGCCUUCUUUUACCGCAAGAGGGUAUCAGAAAAUGAGAACAAGGACAUUGAAAGCUCAGAGCACAAGCAGGAAGAGAUAGCUCAGAAGGAGGACUUGGUGAUCUUUCAAGGAGGAGAGGACUUGACAAUUUGUGACAUUUUGGAUGCUCCUGGGGAAGUGAUUGGAAAAUCCAAUUAUGGGACUCUGUAUAAGGCUCUGUUGCAGAGGAGCAACAGAGUGAGGCUGCUGAGGUUUCUGAGACCAGUGUGCACCACAAGAGCUGAAGAGCUGGAUGAGAUGGUUCAGUUUCUUGGAAGGAUUAGGCAUCCUAAUUUGGUUCCACUUCUGGGAUUUUACACUGGGCCAAGGGGAGAGAAGCUUCUUGUUCAUCCCUUCUAUAGGCAUGGGAAUUUGACUCAAUUCAUAAGAGAUGGAAAUGGAGAGUGUUACAAAUGGUCUAACAUACAUAGAAUAUCCAUUGGCAUAGCUAAAGGAUUAGAGCAUCUUCACACAGCACAAGAGAAGCCAAUUAUCCAUGGAAACCUCAAGUCGAAAAACAUUCUUUUGGACCGCUCGUACCAACCGCACAUCUCAGAUUCCGGCAUCCAUCUUCUGCUGAACCCCACUGCUGGCCAAGAAUUGCUUGAAAGUUCAGCUGCUCAGGGUUACAAGGCACCUGAGCUCAUCAAAAUGAAGGAUGUCAGUGAAGAGAGUGAUAUAUAUAGCCUCGGCGUAAUUUUGCUGGAAUUGCUUUCCGGAAAGGAGCCUAUCAAUGAGCACCCAACUCCUGAUGAGGAUUUCUACUUACCAAAUUUCAUGAGGAAUGCUGUUCUUGGACAUAGAAUUGCUGAUUUGUACCAUCCAGCCAUUCUUGUCAGCAACACUAGAGGUGAUGAAAUUCCAGUUACAGAAGAAUGCAUUCUCAAAUUUUUCCAACUUGCUAUGGCCUGUUGCUCCCCUUCUCCUUCAAUUAGACCUAACAUAAAGCAAGUCCUAAGGAAGCUUGAAGAAAUUAUACAAUAGGAGCCAUGUGGGAUUUUAAAAGAUUUAUUUGGAUAGUGGAAGGCCUUAGCUACUUUUGCUGCAAAGUUACUGCAUCCUUCAAUUCUUCAAAUUUAUAGGUAACAAUGAUGUGGUUGUAGACAAUAACAUUUAUAUAUGAGAAAAAUUAGGCUAAAGUAUACUGCUCACAUCAUGUUGAAUUCGCAAUCAAACAAAAACUUCAGGACAGUUGAUGUUGAUGUUAAGGGUAUAAGUCAAAUGAGGAAUUAUAGCUUGAAUCAA